GGAAACUGUGAGUAUUUGUUUGAUGUACCAUUACACAGGGUUGUCAGCACAAACACUGCCCCCUGUCUCUUGGCUAAAAAAUUGAGGAUCUGUACUAAAAUCACUUCUAUAUGUAUAUAUGUAUGUAUGUAUAAAUGUGUGUUUGUGUGUGCUUGUGAGCAGGGUGUCUAUCCUGGGGGACAACUACAAUUUUUCCACAACUGAUUUCACCCCAGCUGAUGUGUAUAGCUCCAUAAAAGUGUAUCUGAACAGCAGCGAUGGCAGCCCCCGCUGCUAUAACUCCUCAGAUCCUCUUCUGAACUCCACCGCCUGGUUUGCUGACAACAUCGGAUUCUUCAUCACUUUCAUUAACCUCGCUGACCUGCAGUCAUUCCUAACAGGAAACAUGACGAGUGCGUUCCUGCAGAACGCAGAAAAUCUUCAGCUGUUCAACAACUCAGGAAUUUCAGCCAGUGUCCUGGAGUACUACACAACAGAGUUAUACAUCCAGAAUCCUGACUUCAGCCCACUCGGAUUGCCAGCUGAGCUGCUGUGUCGAACUCCUUCCUCCAUGUUUGUUCACCUUGGAGAUGCAGACAUCAAGACCAUCCUGACGAGCAUCAACAACUUCUGCACAGAAAUGAAUCCAGAGGUCACAGCGGUGCUGGUAGCAAAGUUCCCCAAUGUAUCUGCAUCCACCAUCCAAUCUUUGGGCAGCCAGUGUGUGGGCCUGACUGUGGGCCAGAUAAGCUCCACCCCCUCCAGUGUGAUAAACAGUGCUCUGUCUACACUCAGUAACAUCAGUGGCUGGGACCAGGGCCAAGUGAAUGCCCUGAUCCAGAGCAUCAUUAGUGCGGGCUUUAAUAUCAGCAGUGCCUCCUCUCUGGAGUCCCUGGGAACACUCCUCGGUGGCGUUCCCUCUGCAACCAUCUCCAUCAUCCCAUCGUCUCAGCUUCUGUCUUUAUCGCAGAAUCCAGCAUUCAUCAAUAACAUUCUGUCAGCACCAGUUAUUCUGCAAAAGACAUUUGUCCAGAAGGUAAUCUCUGUAGACCAAACUGAAGUGCUACAGAAUGUUCCGGAUGCACUCGUGAUGUAUAUUCCACUUGUUCUACUGACCUCACUGAGCUCUGUUGACGUUUCACUCAUCAAUAACAAGAGCUGGAGUCACGAACAGGCUAUGAUGUUGUUUGGUGCAGUGGCCAAUGCCAGUGAUAAUCCAGAAGACCUGUCAGCAUCAAUACUGCAGGGAUUUACCUGCAGCUCACUUCAGACUCUCCCACAGCAGAAAGCCAAAGAUCUAGUCAAAGCCUGUAGACCACGUGCAGGCAGAGACAAGGUCCUCCUGAAAGAGGCUCAGCUGACCUGCAUGUACAACUACGUGAAAGACGAUCCAUUUGUUAGCUUUACUGACGUCCCCUCUGAUAUGCUUCUGUACUACAGCUAUGAGAAGAUACAGAAGGAGAACUGCCAGUCAUAUUUCAGUGCCGUGGGCAGAGCAGAUUUCUCCGUUCUUUCCCACGGCCUUGACAAAAAGACCAUCCUGUUCAAUGAUGCAAAGGACUGCCUGGGUAUAUCUGGUGUGAGCCUGACCAGUUAUCAGGUGGAGGUUCUGGGGAAUAUGGCCUGCACACUGGACUCCUCCUACAUCCAGAACUCUCACCCUCUCAUGUUGGAGAAACUGAAGAACUGUGGAGAUCUUUCUGAUUCUCAGAUCACUGCUGUACAGUCUUUGCUCCUCAGUGGGAACACCGCUUAUGGUAAUCCCUCAACGUGGAAUGAGCAGACCGUGGAGCAAAUCGGCAUCCUGGCUGUCUAUUUCAAAUCAGACCUCUGCAACGCACUUAGCUUUAAUGUAAGGAGGAAGUUCUUUUCAGUCCUGAGGAAGCAGAAGAUCCCGAUGAAGAAGCUGAGGACAUUCUUUACAGAAUGCAACUCAGAAAGUGCUACAGUGAGCAACAUCACAGCGGUGACAAUUGCAGAUGCGUCGUUUCCUUUCGGCUUUAACUCCACCCAGUUUGAUCUGUAUCUGGACAUCGCUGUCCUGCAGAACAACCUGGCAGCCAUCACUGAGAAAGUGGUGGACACCAGCCUCCAGACCGUCAUUCUGAACAAGUUAAACCAGAUUUACCCAUCAGGCCUUACUGAUGGUGUGCUGCAGCUACUGGGAUCCGCUUCUCGUGUGGCCACUAUUGAUGACAUUAGCAAGUGGAACAUUACCAUAAUUGACACACUGUCUUCUUUGAUAGACUCAAAUGAUGGACUCUGGGAACCAGAAAAGAGUAAAGCGGUUAUUAUGAGGUAUCUGAGCAUGGGGAAUCGCUCUCUGGGAAGUGCUGAAAUAAAUGCAGUUGGUUCCAACAUCUGUACUUUAAACAUCAGUGUACUGGAAAAUAUCAAUGCUGAGAGCCUAAAGGAGGUCCUGUUUCCAGAUCUUUCCUCAUGUACCAUUGAACAGAAAUCCGCUCUGUACAUCACAGCCAACACUUCAUUCAGCAAUCAGCGCAGCAAUGCCAAAACAUACUACCAAAUUAUGAGACCUUACCUGGGUGGAGCUCCUGUGGAGGAUAUACAAGCUCUUUCUACCCAGAACAUCAGUAUGGACAUCACCAUAUUCAUUAGUCUGGACCCUGCUGUUCUCAAGAUCUUGAAUGUGAGCACAGUGAGGGAUCUAAUGGGGGUAAACAUAGCUGAUCUGAAGCUGUUUGAGAACUCCUCAGUGGUUCAGUCCUGGGUGUCACGACAGAACCAAUCUGAUCUGAACACACUGAAUCUUGGCAUCAUCAACCACAACCCUUGUUAUGGUGUAGACAGUCACCCACUUGAUAGCGAGUUCGCAUCUGGAAAUGUUUCUGCAGUACUGUGUAACUUCAGCAUUCCUGCCUAUGCCUGUUCAUCAGUUGUUGUUCUAUCCUCUGAUGAUCUGGCCACACUGCUCACAUGCAAACUGCCAAGCAGCCUGAACUACUCUAAAGGUGCUUGGAAGCUUUUCUUCCAGAAUUUUCCUGGACCUUUGGAUGAUGUACUGGACAGGUUUUCAAACAUGACCCACAGCAGCAUUCGGCCUGACCCAAAUAUACUUGAUGCCAUCUGGGAGGUGAUAAUCAAGGACUUCACUGCAGCACAGCUGAUGAAUGCCACUUUCAUCACUGAGUGGUUCCAGAUGAGGCUCAGACCAUUUUUGUCAUCAGUGUCCACAGACUUUCUGUCCAGCCUCAGUUCCAAAAGCUUCAGCUGUGAGAGCUACCAGGCUGUGGUGGAAGCUCUUAGCAGUCAGGAAUCACUCAUGAAAGAGGAACAGAAGCAGUUGGUCUUUACUUCAUUCAUCUUUCCCUUCCUGUCAAGAGUUGACCUCCCAGACCCUGGCUGUCGUUCCAACACUUCUGGCAGCAAUAAGUGGCUUGAAAAGAACCUUGGCAAUUUCUCCAAUUAUGCCCCCUUGGAAAAGCUCAAAAUUCUAAAUGCAAAUUUCUCCAGCGUUGCAGUGUUAGGCUUACUGUCCAGUGAGCAGAAGGCACAGUUCAUCUUGCAGCCGGAUUCAGGAGUGUUGGGAAAUGACUCUGUGUUUAGAGAGGUGUUUAGCAGUGCGAUCACAUCUUUAGAUCGGAAUCAACUUGGCAGCUUCUUGACAGUCUUCCACCAGACUGCAAUACAAGUGAGGAUCUCUGUAGUCUACAAACCAGGGCACAUUUCUUUUCGCAAUAAGACACGUUUAUUCUAUGCAUACUAA